GAAACCUCAUACCGCGAAUUAGCACCCCUCAAAACAAACAUCCCCUGUCCCUUGAUCACAGUCACGACGUAACUCAACCUACAAACAAUCUUCUCCAAUUCUCCCCUCCGAAUAAAGAAUAUUUUUUUCCUCUUAGCGGUGACCAUAGUCUAUAUCUAUCGCCACGAAAGCCUGUAGAUCUUUCGUUGGAAACCACAUUGGCGUCUGGCCCUUCGCGAGGAAACCGUUGUAUGUCGAGCGUCCAAGACGAGACACAAUCUGUGACGCUCAGCCCGAGUCGCCCCCGAGCUUGCAAUCUUAUCAUGCCCACAACAUAUCCACCGCCAAUGACAUCGUUUCUGUCUCAAGACUUGCCAAACAUGACCCAAGUGACGACGAAUCAUCCCUUUUCAGUCACCAACUACACUUAUGCGUUAGCGGUUCAGCCUCAUAACGCGAGCCGGCCAAUGAAUAUGAACAUAAGUCGUAAACCAAAAAAGUAUCCCAAACCGAAUCCAAAAAAACUGAAAAGUAAAAUCAUUCUGAGUCCACAAUAUCUAAUAACAAAUGUGCAUCAUCCAUUGAUGUCGACGAGUGGUCCUGCGAUCGACACAUGCCGACCCUCAAUGAACUUGACUCAUCCAAAACCGAUCCCCCCUCAUCCGUUAUCCCUCUCGCAUCCGCCGUUGCCCCUCCGCCUUCCGGCCAGCGCUCCUCGUCUGUCUCAAGUGGACCCCGUCGCCGCGGCGCUGUCGCGCCCCAAGGGCCCCCCGCCUGAGUACGCCACCAUCGACCCGCGCAAGUUGCGCACCAGGCACCUGCGGCCCAUUUUCUUUCGAAAAGGGGCUAAGGAGAAACCACUCAGUAAUAAUUCGGCAAAGAAUAGAAAAUUGUUGGAUACACCAAAUUGCACCCGACCAUGGCGACUCAAAGUAUAAAGGACUAAGUGGUCGGCCCAUCUUUCUCGCUCACACUUAAGGUGUGAUAUACUUAAGAAAUGUCGUUCGUAACGAGACGUUUAAAUUAAGUGCCCAAACAAAACCAUUACCUACGCAAUUAGCGCCAUCCAAAAAUUUUGUGUUAUACCUUUGACUUCAAUGCAGGAACAAACUGGUCGCUCAAGUGCGUGUUUUUCAUUUAGUUAUAUAAUAAAGUGAGAAUUGAGAUUGAAGUGAUACCACGCAACGCUGUCACGGCUGUAUACUACACACAGUUUACCAUAUAAGUACCAAACAUGUAUUCUUAUUGUACAUUUUAAGCUAAGUAGGUGUAUAGUCAUAAUAUACGUGGGAACUACCACUGGCAUAUGAGGCCAGACAGGUGCAAAAGUUGCCUUCAUCGAGAGUUUCUUCUUGUCUCCAUUUCACUACGACCAUUAUUAGAAGGUCUAGGAAACAUUUAAGGUCUAAUUCAAAUUCAAAUUCAAAAUAAUCUUUAUUUCAUAGGUAAGCAUUAUUACACCGAAAUCGUCGCAAUGGUUAAACUCUACCGCUCAUUCGUAAGGUAGA